AUGUCCGGUGUCAACAAGGCCUGCUGCUCCAUCCCCCCAAUUGUCGCCAAGGGCUACCAGGCCAAGGGUGAAUACAAGACUAUCAAUGGCUUGAAGACUUAUGUCACCGGUCCCGAAUCCGCCACCAAGGCCAUCCUCGUCAUCUACGACAUCUUCGGUUUCUUCGAUCAGACCAUUCAGGGUGCCGACAUCCUGGCCACCGCUAGCGAACAAAAGUACCGCGUGUUUAUUCCCGAUUUCUUCCAUGGCGAGCCCGCCGAUAUCACCUGGUUCCCGCCCCAGACCGACGAGCACAAGCAGAAACUGGGCAAAUUCUUCCAGACCAAGGCCGCUCCGCCUGAGAACCUGCCCAAGAUCCCCUCUAUCGUAUCGGAGGCCAACAAGCUCGCCGCUGGUGGUGGUUUCCAGUCCUGGUCUAUCUUGGGUUACUGCUGGGGAGGCAAGAUUGCGACCCUGGCCUCGAACCAGGAUAACAAGGUCUUCAAGGCCGCAGUGCAAUGCCACCCGGCGAUGCUGGACCCCAACGAUGCCACGAGCGUCAACAUCCCCAUGGCGGUGCUGGCCUCCAAGGACGAGAACCCCAAAGAUGUGGAGGCAUUCGGCGCCAACCUGAAGCAGGCCAAUUACGUCGAAACCUUCUCGACGCAGAUCCACGGAUGGAUGGCCGCUCGCUCCAACCUCGAGGAUGACGAGGUUCGCAAGGAGUACGAGAGGGGAUAUCGGACGGCUUUGGACUUUCUCCAGAAGCAUGCGUGA